AACUAACCCCAUGGCAUGCCUUCUGCGAAAUGGCCUUCUCGUCCAAGGCAUUUAAGAAGCCGCUCCGUUGCAGGUGAGACGGAGUCACACGAAGGCAAGCGCAAGGUGGAGUCGCUGUGGCCCAUCUUCAAGAUCCACCACCAGAAGUCCCGAUACGUGUUUGACCUCUUCCACAAGCGGAAGGCCAUCAGCAAAGAGCUUUACGAGUACUGUAUCCGGGAGGGCCUGGCUGACCGCAACCUAAUGGCCAAGUGGAAGAAGCAGGGCUACGAGAACCUGUGCUGCCUGCGAUGCAUCCAGACCAGGGACACCAACUUCGGCACCAACUGCAUCUGCCGCGUCCCCAAGGCGAAGCUUGAGGAGGGCAAGAUAGUCGAGUGUGUCCACUGUGGCUGCAGAGGUUGCUCUGGAUGAAGAAUUGCCGACUCGUCUCUACCAUUACCAGAAGUUGAUCCGCAAUGUCGCCAAAUAAAACUGUCCCAUUUCCACAA